GGGGGAGGGAGGGAGGGAGGGAGGGAGAGAGAGAGAGAGAGAGAAAGAGAGAGACUCACAGAGCAAAACCUUCCAUCCAUGUGGAACAGUCUGGGCGAAUCACCGUCCGCUCUCCACAGACUCCAGCUGCUCUGAGUUUUCUCCUCUGACAGCAGUAUUCCUUUUUGUCUUCAUUCUGCGUGAUUUAGAGGCACCUUCACUGAGCUUUCAAAUCAAGUCACCGGGACUCAGUGUCUUCCCACCAGGCAGGGAAGGCAGGGAGUUGGCAAGGAUUCGAUUCACCCAUUCCACUGCAAUCCUCCACUGUCCUGGUUCCUGGGAGCUUUUGCUGAGUCAUCCCAUCCUAUAAGCUUCAAGUAUGGAUUUUCUCCAGAAAACUUGAGCUCCCCUACAAACCCCAAGGUGUACCAGCCUUCCACGAUGACGGACACUGUGGUAAACCGGUGGAUGUGCCCUGGGGACAGGCCACUGCAAUCAAAUGAUAAGGAGCCGCUGCAGGCAGAAUGGUCUGUGCACCCCGGAGCUCAGGCUGACAGGCAGAGGAAGCAGGAAGAGCUGACAGAUGAGGAGAAGGAGAUUAUCAAUAGGGUGAUUGCGCGUGCCGAGAAGAUGGAGGAGAUGGAGCAGGAGCGCAUCGGGCGCCUGGUGGACCGCCUGGAGAACAUGAGGAAGAAUGUGGCCGGUGAUGGCGUGAACCGCUGUAUUCUGUGUGGGGAGCAGCUGGGCAUGCUUGGCUCUGCCUGCGUUGUGUGUGAAGAUUGCAAGAAGAACGUAUGCACCAAAUGUGGGGUGGAGACCUCCAACAACCGCCCCCAUCCAGUAUGGCUCUGCAAGAUCUGUAUUGAGCAGAGAGAGGUCUGGAAGCGAUCAGGAGCUUGGUUCUUCAAGGGCUUCCCCAAACAGGUUCUCCCUCAACCAAUGCCUAUAAAGAAGACCAAGCCCCAGCAGCCUGCUGCCGAGCCUACCACCCCGAAGCAACCCACACCGGAGCCCAAGCACACAACCCGCGCUCCAGCUGGAGAAAUUUCUGGACAAUUUCCACUCCUUGAAGAGUCACCAAGUUGCCACCAGAUACUGCAUCCCUCUGGAGGGUACCGUGCCCACCAACAGAGAAUCCUUCCUUCAGGUGACACAGAAGACAGGAGGGGCCCAGGUCAGAAGCUAGGCUCUGACCUUCCCUCUGCUCCUGGGCGAGGAAGCUAUGGGCCCCCCAUGCGCAGAGCCUCUGAGGCUCGAAUGAGUGCAUCCGCCAGGGAUUCUGAGGGCUGGGACCACGGCCAAGGUGGAGGUGCUGGAGAUGCCAGUCGGAGCCCAGCAGGUUUGAGACGGGCCAACUCAGUUCAGGCCUCCCGCCCUGCCUUGGCCUCAGUGCCGAGCCCGAUGCCUCCUCAGCCUGCUCAGCCAGGGCCCCCUGGGGGCAGCAGGGCAGCUCUUGGGCCAGCAUACCUUCCUGAGCAGAGUGCAGAGGUGACUCCCAGUGAUCCUGGCUAUCCAGGGGCUAUCGCCCCAGCCCAGGAGGAGAGGACAGGACCUAUGGGCAGCUUCCCAGCAGCUGGAGUCAGGGAAGACCGAGCACCCCACCAGCCAGGUCCUUAUUCCCAGGUGGCCUCUGCCCGCCAGCCACCACCUGCAGAAGAGGAGGAAGAGGCCAACAGCUACGACUCUGAUGAAGCAACCACUCUUGGUGCCCUGGAAUUCAGCCUUCUUUAUGACAAGGACAACAGCACCCUGCAGUGCACCAUCAUCAAGGCAAAGGGACUGAAGCCCAUGGACUCCAAUGGCUUGGCCGAUCCCUAUGUGAAGCUGCACCUGCUGCCAGGAGCCAGCAAGUCCAACAAACUGCGUACGAAGACUCUGCGCAAUACCCGGAACCCGGUGUGGAAUGAGACCCUGGUGUACCAUGGCAUCACAGAGGAGGACAUGCAGAGGAAAACGCUCAGGAUCUCGGUGUGUGAUGAGGACAAGUUUGGCCACAAUGAGUUCAUUGGCGAGACUAGAUUCUCACUCAAGAAACUGAAAGCCAGCCAGAGGAAGAACUUCAACAUCUGCCUGGAGCGCGUGAUCCCGAUGAAGCGGGCAGGGACCACUGGGUCAGCGCGUGGCAUGGCACUGUAUGAGGAAGAGCAGGUGGAGCGGAUCGGUGACAUAGAGGAGCGUGGCAAGAUCUUGAUAUCCCUAAUGUACAGCACGCAGCAGGGUGGCCUCAUCGUGGGCAUCAUCCGCUGUGUGCACCUGGCCGCCAUGGAUGCCAAUGGCUACUCGGACCCGUUUGUCAAGCUCUGGCUGAAACCAGACAUGGGAAAGAAAGCCAAGUACAAGACUCAGAUUAAAAAGAAAACCUUGAAUCCUGAGUUUAAUGAGGAGUUUUUCUACAAUAUCAAACAUGGCGACCUGGCAAAGAAGUCCUUGGACAUCUCAGUGUGGGACUAUGACAUCGGCAAGUCCAAUGAUUACAUCGGAGGCUGCCAGCUGGGGAUCUCAGCCAAGGGGGAGCGCUUAAAACACUGGUACGAGUGUCUGACGAACAAGGACAAGCGGAUUGAGCGCUGGCACCAGCUUCAAAAUGAGAACCACGUGUCAAGUGAUUAGGACACAAUGCCCCGGCACCCCCACCCUGCCCCACCAUGCUCAGCUCACCCCACGCCCUGCCCGGCCCCAGCUGUGCCUGGUCUCCUUCCUCUGAACCUCCCUCAUUGACCCCAAGCCUUUGAAGACUCCCUCACCCCCAACUCUGCUGCUAAAGAUGCCCUCUGUUCUCCAGUGCUGGGCCAGGGGCUCUGGAGCAAGCUCUCUCUGGUCCCUAUGAUGGGGUGGGGGUGGGGAGCCAUUUACAAAGAGGCUACUCAUUUAAUAACCUCCCCAUUUUGGCAAAUUGAAAAGGUUCUUCACCUUUUGGCCCUGGUUUUAGAUACUCCUGACCUUGAAAACACACAAGGUCAUUCCCUGAGUGUGUCUGCCUUGAGGAUAAGCACUGGGACAGAAAUGGCAUCAAGGUUGUCACUGUCUCUCCAAAGUACCCUAGGCGAGCAAGCAGACCCACCCUCCACUCAGCAAGAAGCAGGCAGGAAGAAUACACAAAAGACCUGCCCCCUCUCCCAGGAAGCUUUCCACCUACUGCCUAGAAAAAGCUAAUACUCUCUGACACCUACCUGCCUUCUUGCUCUGUGUCUCUCUCCCACCCUUCAUCCUCCUCCUCAGCAACACCCCUUACUCAGCCUCUGCCUCUGCCUCU